UCACAUGCAACCCAGUUCUGUUCAAACUCUCGACGAAUGUGGACGGCCGAUUUGCGCGUUGCGUUCACAUUGAUCUCGAAUUUUGUUUUCAAAUACAGAUUUACUGAUUCUUAUUUGAAUUGAAUCAAUUCACCCGAUUUUAUACUCUUGAAUCCACUUUUUGUUAUUUUGUUUGUUUGCAAGUUUUCCAUCGUGUUUCACGCGUAUUCAAGCAUGUUGAAUGCAUCCAUUUCCACAGCAGAUGAUGUCCGGAAGAGUACGAUGCAGGAUGUGAACGUGGUCCCCACGGUCAGUUCAACAACCUCGUCAUCAUCGGCCGGUCUGGUGAGCGUCGUCGUCGUUUGUAUGACCAUCAUGGCCGUCUGCGCCCUGGUCUAUUUCGCCAUCCGUUGCUACUUUGACGAAAGGCGAUGGAGGGCUAGCGCCAUGCUCUGCAAAUGUUUGCCACCCGCUUCGGCCGCCUCGCUUGUCGAAUGUGGCAAUCCGUGCCGAUACGUCGAGCGUCGAGCCGUUAACGUGGCUGUGCAAACUGGAGCUCCGUCUGCUGGCGCUGAAGUGGCGACCGGAGCGACAGCGGCUGCGAAUUGUUGGCCAAUGUCGUCGGAUGUUCGCAUGUCGGAAGCGAAACGCAUUUCGGGCUGCGCCUUCAGCUCGCCGCUGGCCAACGAUAACGAGGCGAUUCCCAAUUGGCGCCCACCGGCGACGGGCUCUAGUCAACGUCAUAGCAGUGCUCAUCACUAUCGUCACUUGCAAAAGUCGAGUCAGCGACAAAAACAUCGACACCACCGGCAAAUCCAGCGCCAAUUUUACCGCGAGGUGCAGCACCAACAGGAUGACGAGUGUCAGCACUACCCGCUGCGGCGUGUCCGUCCCGUUUCCAUGAUGCCGUCGAUCCAGGUCCAAUCUCCGUCCAGCUCUGAAUCGUAUUCGAUUCUGGCCAUGUCGACCAAUUCAAAAUCUGCCGCGCUUAACAAGGAAUUUACGCCCAUGACGUUUUCCGGAUCGGAUGAAGAUGAUGGAAUGUCUCAGAUUCACCACCAGUACAGUAAAAGCGGAUUAUCUGAGGGUCAUUCUUAUUACGGCUCUACGAAUCCUUACCAUCCGCGCUACAACACGCCCGUGUCUGAGAUUCACCAUAACGACGUGGAAGUGGUUGUGGCGACGGCCGACAUUGAACAGGUCGUUCCGGUUGUCGAGAUGGAAGAAAAGGAGAAUAACGAAGGACGAGAAUUCCGACCGGAAUUGAUGAAUCUUUUAAUCGACCGAAUGGAAGGUCGGAAAUGGUCGAGACGGAGUCCGAGUGCUUGCAGCGCGGCUGAUGGACUCUCUACAUCCGCCGAGCAUUCAACGACUGCGGGCGCCGCCACUACGACGACGACGACCAACACCAUCAACAACAACACGACGGCCACGACGGUGCAGCUGGUUGACGAAGCGACUCAGAGUUGUCCGUCUUCGGUCGGCGGUUGGAUGGCGGGCAAUUUGAAAGGUUGCCAGACGUCUAAAACGAACAGCAGUUGCAGUCUGAACGUUGCGGCUUCCGCUGGCUUGGCUCUUCCGCUCGAUAUUGCCCGAUCCGGUCUGCCGCUCAAGGGCACUUUUCCGUCGUUCGAAGUUCUGCCAGGAGGCCGCUUGAUAAGCAGACGGACGCAGACGGAUAACGUCAGUCUGGCUUCGCUGGAUUGGGAUCCUUAUGAAAGUGAGCGGUUACGGUCUGCGACUAUGGCGGAUCUGUACGACGAGGAUUUCGAGGGUGGCGGCGAUGGAUACCAUCGGUUGACGAAUGUGGAUGAAGGUGUCGAGGGGAUGACCGGUUCGGCCACCAUGUUGGCGUUGUCUCACGUCUCUGCCGACACGACGUUGCAGGCGUCUCGCAUUUCUCAUCGAUCGGCCUCGUCUCCUUACGUUCUCUGUUACGAGUGUAGCGACGAUUUUGGCGUCGCCAGGCGAUCGGAAUAUUUCGUCCCUCGCCACACUUCCAGCUCGAGUCCGGCGAGCCGCAACGCCAAUCGACGACGGUCCGUUGCUCCGCCGCCUUCACCGCCAGCGCCGCCGAAUCUUUCUGCUGGUCUAUCGCCGCAACAUUCAACCUCUUCCAGCCAUCAUCUUCAGCCGGAUGGCCAAGAUGGACGAUCGAGUAAAGCGGUCAGACCUCGCCGGAAGUGAAAUUCAUUUGUAAUCGAUUUUUUUUUCUUGGCGCUUUUUUGGCGCCAAAUUCAAAUAAUCUUGUUUUUCAUUCUCCAUUCUUUAUUGUAUUCACUAUUUAGGAAAGUUAUCCAAUUAUUCCGUAUGACGGAUUACGGAGAAAGAGUUCUUUUUCUUUAUGUCUCUAUGUGUUGUCAUGCAAAGGGAAGACAUUAUAGUGUAUGUACUCCGGGGCCUUAUGGGAUGACGGAUUGCUCCAUUCGUCGUCUUUUUAAAAGGGCCAUAUCCAUCCCUUAUUUCUAGCGCUCUGCCUCUUGUCUGAUUUCGUCUAGGGGGACAUUUAGGUUGACUUUUCUUUCUCUCUUUCUUUCUUCCGGAUGGAGUUAAACCACAAGGACUGGAAAAAGAGUAAGAAAAAAACAACAAAGUAGCAGCUGAAUGUGGGAGGGUUUAGCAGCCGAUUGGGUUCUACGCCGCCACCACUCUAUAUCAUUCGCGACGGCAUCUAAUGCGCGCGCGCACGCAGGCUCGCUCACUCCAACUCGUUUUUUUUUUUUUUUAUGUGAUAUGAUUUCGUUCACCAUCUUUUCACGAUCUUGGCCGAGGGAGGCGACAGAAAGAGGGGAAGGGGGUGAGAGAUGGAAGUGUUGGCGUAACCCACUUGACGAUCGUUACGCGCGCCGUUUCUCUGCCUCUCUCUCUCUCUGCUGUGUGUGUGUGUGUCUAUUCAAUUUCAACUGGCGGCUCAAUAUUUGUUUUUGUCUCUCCCCCUCUGUUUGUUUUUGUUUGUUUCAAUUUAUUGAUGUCAAGACACCCUAGACUUUAUAUCGAAGAGAAAUCCUGAUUUUUUGACGUUA